CAAGACUACUAUAAAAGCAUCAGCUGCAUCUCAGUCUAGGCAAGAACUUCAUCGAACACUUCAAAUGCAUUGAACUCGAAGAGAAAAUUGGAAAAGGAUAAUGGAGAACACUAAUUCAUUAAAUGAAGAACACCGUUUUCAGGUUCGAAAACUGGAACUUUCAGACAAAAGCAAGGGAUUUAUAGAGCUGUUACAGCAACUAACUGUUUGUGAUUCUGUCUCUGACAAAGAAUUUGAAGAUAGAUUUAAGGAAAUAAGUACUUACGGUGAUGAUCAUCUUGUUUGUGUAAUCGAAGAUGAUUUUUCGGGUAAAAUUAUUGCGACAGGGAGCGUUUUCAUAGAGAAGAAGUUUAUAAGGAACUGUGGUAAAGUUGGGCAUAUUGAAGAUAUAGUGGUGGAUGGGAAUGCAAGAGGAUUGCAGUUGGGGAAGAAAAUUGUGGGGUUUCUUUUGGAUCACGCUCGUUCCAUGGGGUGUUAUAAGGUUAUUUUGGAUUGCAGUGUUGACAACAAGGGGUUUUAUGAGAAGUGUGGUUUUAAGCAGAAGGAAAUUCAGAUGGUUAAGUACUUUGUUUGAAUGUAAUAUUUUGCUUUUGCCUUAAUACAAAGCACAUUUUCUUGAUGAGAUCCAUGGCAUAUUUAUCGGAAUCUCUUAUCUUGUGUU